AUGUUCUCAGACCUCACUUCAGCGCUGUCAUCGCCGCGACAAUCGCUACAGCAGAUCCUCAACUUCGCUCUCGUCCUCUCGACAGCAUUCAUGAUGUGGAAGUCGCUGUCUGUCAUCUCCGAUUCACCGUCACCGAUAGUUGUCGUGCUCUCAGGCUCAAUGGAACCGGCCUUCCAGCGUGGGGACCUUCUCUUUCUAUGGAACAGGGGCACGAAGGCUGAGGUGGGCGAGGUUGUCGUCUACAAUGUCAAGGACAAGGACAUACCGAUCGUACAUCGUGUGGUCAGGAGUUAUGCGCCAGCGGAGGGGGAGAAGGAGAUUACGAAGCAGGGCGUCGCGCACCCGGCAGCCGAAAAGCUCCUCACAAAAGGCGACAACAAUGUCGCUGACGACACCGAGCUCUACGCACGUGGACAGAAAUACUUGGAUCGGAAAGAGGACAUCAUUGGAAGUGUCAGGGGAUAUGUGCCUGCUAUAGGAUACGUCACAAUCAUGCUGAGCGAACAUCCGUGGCUGAAGACGGUGAUGUUGGGACUGAUGGGAGUCACUGUUCUGUUGCAGAAGGAUGGCUAG